AUGGAGCCUUCAACAUCAUUCCCCCUCCAGCCGCUAGCUCUCGGUCCAAGAUAUACUAUCUCCAUCAAACGCCUAGCUUCCAAACGUUACUCAACGGCCUUUCAUUUCCCAGCACUUGUCACCGUCACACCCGGGAAGAGAGUAAUCAGGGUCCAGAAAUCCUUUCCUCCCGAUCCAACGACUUUUGAAUACUCCCAUCACCCUGCAACAACCUUCUUUCGUCGUUAUCGUCAUCAUCGCCAUCGACAUCGUCGUGUUUCAACUAUCAUCACUUUACCACCGUCGAAUGUCUGGUGGAGAACUUCUUCACGAACUAUUGCUCCUCUAAUACCACCUCGUCGUGGAAGACGCUCCGUUCGAUACGCGCUAUUCAAGCCUUUCCAGAUCAACUACGCCGUAUUUACAGCCCAAUUAGACAUCAUUGAUAGAGCUAUUAAACUCGAUUUCGUGAGUUGCCUCUCGUUGUAA